UUGAGCCGGUGCCAUGGCAACGCCCCCCUGCGCCAGUCUCAGAAUCACCACGUGGAGGAUGAGGUCAUCAACACCUCCACCCUCCUCUCCACUGGCUGUCACUCCCCUGACAGCAGGUACCGCAUCCCUCCUUCCCUUCAAACCUCUAUAGUGCCCCCCCUCCUGUGAGGCGCUCUGCCAGCCUUGCAGCUGGUUGCAUCAUCCUGUGGCCCUGGCCAGUCUCCGCUGUGCGUGUAGUGUUCUGUUGGGGAAACGGGGACAAACAACCUCUCUCAAGUCUCAUUGAGGCUCCUGCCGUGAUAGUUUAAUACAGCAGAGUAACUAGGGGAUAAGGAAUCUGACAUGUACAGUGAGCUCCAUAAUUCAUUGGACAGUGACCAUUGUUUUGUUAUUUUGGUUCUGUACUCUAGCAGUUUGAAAGGAUAAAAUGACAAUGAGUGUGAAGUGCAGACUGUCAGCUUUAAUUUGAGGGUAUUUUCAUACAUAUCGGAUGAACCGUUUAGAAAUGACAGCACCUUUUGUACAUGGUCCCCCCAUUUUAAGGUACUACAAGUAUUUGUUAAAUUGGCUUCACAGAUGUGUGUCGUUAGGCAGGUGUAUUCAUUUGUGUCGUUAGUGAAUGCAGGAGAGCUGUUGAUGAAUAGUAAUGAUUCUAGACGUUGCUAUUGCCUUUGGAGGUUGUUAUUGGGGUGUGACAACAUGAGGAAGACAGCAGUGUCGAUGCAAAUGAAGUUGGCCGUCAUAAGGCUCAGAAAUGAAAAUCAAUCAUUCAGGAACAUUGCAAAAACCCUGGCCAUGCCCAAGUCAACAGUUUUGUUCAUCAUUAACAAGAAAAAAAACAACCGGUGAACUCAAUUAUGUCAAAAGACCCGGUAGACAGAGGAAGACCACUGUAGUGGAUGACCGGAGAAUACUCUCUAUGGUGAAGAAAAAAAAACCUGAUAACAGCCCAACAGAUCAAAAACACUCUCCUGGAUGCAGGUGUAGAUGUGUCAAAGUCUACCAUACGUAGAAGACUACACCAGCAGGACUACAGAGGGUACACUACAAGAUGCAAACCACUGAUAAGCCUGAAGAACAGAAAGGCAAGAUUACAGUUUGCUAAAAAGCACCUAAAAGAACCCCAAGAGUUCUGGAAAAAAAUAUUGUGGACAGAUGAGACAAAGAUUAACAUGUACUAGAGUGAUGGAAAGACAAAAGUGUGGAGAAAAAAAAGAAAUGCCCAUGAUCCAAAGCAUACCACCUCAUCCAUGAAACAUGGUGGAGGGGGUGUUAUGGCUUGGGCCUGUAUGGCUGCCAGUGGAACAGGCUCACUUGUCUUCAUCGAUGAUGUGACUGCAGACAGAAGUAGAACAAUGAAUUCUGAAGUCUACAGAAAUAUUGUAUCUGCUCAGAUAAAACCAAAUGCCUCCAAACUCAUUGGACGGCACUUAAUCACGCAACAAGACAAUGACCCUAAACAUACUGCUAGAGCAACAAAGGGGUUUUUGAUGGCCAAAAAGUGGAAAAACCUUGACUGGCCGAGUCAAUCACCAGAUCUGAAUCCAAUUGAACAUGCAUUUUACAUGCUGAAGAGGAGACUUAAGGCAAUAAGUCCCCGAAACAAGCAGGAACUGAAGAUGGCUGCAGUACAGGCCUGGCAGAGCAUCACCAGGGAAGAUACCCAGCGUCUGGUGAUGGCGAUGCAUCGCAGACUUCAAGCAGUCAUUGCAUGCAAAGGAUAUGCGACCAAAUAUUAACAAUGAUUACUUUAUUCUACAUUAUGUUAAACUGUCCAAUGUUUUUUGAUGCCCGAAAAUGGGGGGGACCAUGUACAAAAGCUUCUAUAAUUCGUAAACGGUUCAUCCGAUAUGUAUGAAAAUACCCUCAAAUUAAAGCUGACAGUCUGCACUUCACCCUCAUUGUCAUUGUAUCCUUUCAAACUCAAAGUGCUAGAGUACAGAACCAAAAUAACAAAAGAAUGGUCACUGUCCAGUGAAUUAUGGAGCUCACUGUAUGUGUAACUAGUAGAUGCACACACACUACAUGUUAAUGUUUCUAAAUGUAUGUAAAUUGUAAAGUAUUUGGUCUGUAAUGUAUUUUUCGUCAUGUGUGGGACCCCAGUAAGACUAGCUGUCGCUUAUGGGUAUCCUAAUAAAUGAAAUCAAUAUACAAGUUUAUAUGUAAUUUAUUCACAUCACAUUCUUUCUCUUUUAGCUCUCAGAAAGGGGAGGAUGGAGACAAGAGGAGGAAGAAGAGGACCUCUCAGUUCUGCUACGCUGGGCUCCCCCGCUACACUGCCUUGGAUGCAGUUGGCUGGGUACUUUUCACACAUUAAGAUGCAAAUAUAAAGCACAUGGCACAUUUGGAAAAAUACAAUGACCUGUGAUCUCUCUCUUUAGGGGGAAGCUGCGGUGCUGUUGAUGCAGAUCUGUAGGAGGGUCCACUCUCAGUUUUCUGGGAGUGAACCCAACCCCAACCAGAACCCCAACACAGGACGCCUGGCCAUACAGGGAACCCUGCAGAAGUUUGGCAACCGUUUCCUACUGGAGAGACGUGAGACCCACUAUAAUCCCAAGCAAUUCAUCCUGUAAAUUAUAUUGAGCUGUGACAUUCAGACGAGGAAACUCUGAAGCUAAUUUCUCUGCUCAAUUUCAAAGCGUUCUGGUAGUACAUGAAUGCAGAAUGAGUCUGAUCUCCUUCCCACUGUGUUUGUCCAGUGUCUCGCCAUUACGUGCUGCCCAGAGGGAGGAGUGUGCACUGUCUGCCCCAGAGCCAGCAGCCCCAGAGCCAGCAGCCCCAGAGCCAGCAGCCCCAGAGCCAGCAGCCCCAGAGCCAGCAGCCCCAGAGCCAGCAGGCCCAGAGCCAGCAGCCCCAGAGCCAGCAGCCCCAGAGCCAGCAGCCCCAGAGCCAGCAGGCCCAGGAGCACAGCAGGCCCAGGAGCAGCUACAGCAGCCCUGACCAGUUUCAUGAAGACCAUCUGACUGCUGGAACGGGUCAGUCUCACAUUCUACCUUUACAUGUUAAGUGUUUGGUCAGGGUAACAAUAUUUAUCUUAAAGCCUUACAUCAUGCUUUUCACAAAUCCAUGCCUACCAGACUACAUGAUAAAGCAACAUAGUGGAGGGCUGCGUUCCCGGGGGAUGCCCGUGGGACCUGCGGGUCCCGACAGAGAUCGUUGUGGCGCUCUCUGCAUUUUUCACGCUGCAGGCGGGGUGGUCAGACAGACAACUUUGGGAUGAAAAUAUUUGGAGACGGUCAUAUUUUUGCUUUGUAUGCGUUAGCAGAUUGUAUUAAAAGCACCUUUUUGUCACAUUAUUCACACUCUUAAGAAUUUGCUGCUUCAUGUUCAGUUGCUCUCCUCUCAUAGUUGGGCGUGCGAGAUCACUUGUGCCUACAGUAUAUGGUGUCAGUGAAAUAGAGUAGUCUUCCUAUGUAUGGGAAGAGAAUCACGUGGCACUUAUCUUUCCAUGGAAAUACACUUAAAUAUGAUUAGGCUAUAGUUUACUACAGUGUCUGUAAAUAAAUAUUGACAAUGGAAAGAAGUGGAGGGUGCUCAACCAUCGUGAGUCGAGGUGCAAUCAAUUUUUUUUAAUCAUCGUUGAAAAGAAAAAGGUGCAGCGUGCGCAUACCUAGGUGGAGAAGCUUUACUACAUUGCCUAGAAAUGCAUGUUGAUCACCCAUAUUUGUCAGUCUGAAAGUCAUCCCUCUCCUAAAGGGUAGGCUUUAAAGCAUAGCUCAAAGCUGUCUCUGCAACUCUGCUCUCUUCAAACUACGUCUAACAUAUUGGCUGAUAUAGCCCAGUAAUCCAGCGAGAGCGGGCUGGUGCGGUAGUAAAAGCUGCCGCUGUGGGACGGAUGAGGGAAUCAGUCCCGCGCAGACCUCUACAACAUAGGCCUAAACACAUGCAUUUUUGAAUCUUUCCAUGUUACAGAGGAGUCAUCAUUUUCAGAGUCCUCCCUCCCUGAAGACCACAGAACCAGAGACGGGGAACAGCCUGGGCAGCAGAAUGACCAGGUGAGUUUUUAGGCUUAUUCAUUCCUCUGAUGAUGAAGCUGCCUGUCUCCUGUUGAUGACCUUUGACCCUGACCUUUGCCCCCUGUGUUCCUCAGGACGCCCUGGCGGGGGCAGCCCAGAACCUCCAACAGGUAGCCGACUCCAGUGGUCCUGUAGUCCUCAACAUCAUCGGUCUGGAGAGUGCUCAGACUGGGGACUAUGAGGCAGCCUUCUCCUGUUUCCUGGCCUCCGCCAGACGGGGCUACUGCAAGGCCCAGUUCAACACUGGAGUCUGCUAUGAGAAAGGCAGGGGUGUAUGCAAAGACAAGGAGAAGGUAAGAAACACACACUCAAACUUGCAUGCAGUCAAACUCACAUGUGCACACAAUCACAUGCACACACACACACAAUCAAUUACUCAAUUCCUGUCUUGUGACUCCCCUCUUCAUGUUCCCCGUCCAGGCUCUUGACUUCUACAGCCAGGCAGCGACAGGGGGUCACAGUCAGGCUCAGUACCGCUGUGCCAAACUCCUCCUGAACAGCAGAGGGCAGCAGAGCACACAGCAAGACCUGGACACAGCCAUCAGCCUACUGCAACAGGCUGCCUCAGCUGGACUGAGAGAGGUGAGGAGUGAGGGAGUGUGUGUUGCGAUGUAUGUGUAGCGAGUGUGAGAUGUUGCCUAAAAGAGAACAUUGGUAUUUUUCUUCAAACUUUCUUCGUUCUUCUUUCUCUCUCUCUCAGGCCCAAGUGUACCUGGGGUCUCUGUUCUCACAGGAGCCAGUCAGAGAUGGCCGUAAGUCAGUGCACUACCUGAAGAUGGCAGCAGAGAGCGGAGUGAGUGACUUCCACUACACUUAAACUCUACAACUGUAAUUAUAGUCCACGGUCUCAAUCAUAACCUGGUCUCAGUUCAGUGUAAUGUGAUGCUGAUGUGUGUUUCUCUGUCUGUAUGUGUAGGACAGUGAGGCCCUGCUGUUCCUGGGCCAGUGUUAUGAGACUGGGUUCGGGGUGUCCCGGUGCUUCAGAACAGCAGUAGGGUUCUAUCAGAGGGCAGCCCAGGCAGGAAACAGCCAGGCCAAGACCUUACUGGCGCCGCCCUUUGGACUGGAGGGUAAGGACACAGUCCAAUACACACACACUUCAGAUCUACACUUAAGCCUAUUUGCACUGAUACAUGUUAUUUACACAAAUCUGAAUGAAAUACAGAGAUGCCCUUAGUCCUAUAUUAUAAUGAUCUUCUUCUCUCUCCCUCUAGAAGAUGCCGUCCUGCGCUCUAUCCGUUCUUCCCCAUGUUUCUCCGUAGCUGACCAUCUGCGUAGACCUCUCUCUACCCUCACCUCCCCUGUCCCUCCCUCCAGUCGCCCCACCCUCCCCCACUCCUGGAGCACAGGGAGCAUGGGCCCCCCACCCAUGCUGUCCUCCCUCACCCCCAGCUC